CUUCGCUUCGAUUAGCAGGUGCAGAAAAAUUAAAAAGGCAGCCUCUAAUUUUCUCUGCAUCUGUGUAAUUUUUUAUCCAAAAAUCUAUUUCUGAUUUUUCUAUUUUUAAUCGAACCCAAUUCCUCGAUUUCUAUUAUUCCUUCGAUUUGUGACCGAAUCCUACCAGUAUUCAAUAGAAAUAUUGUGGGAAGGAUUGGGAAUAAGAAGAAGAUGCCUUCGUUGGAAGAGGAGCUGUUUCCUUCAACGCCUGGUAAGUUUAAGAUAGAUCGAGCGCAUACGAUGAAUCGCCAAGUGCAUAGGUGUUUCGCCUCCACGAGUACAAUGUUCUUGUGGGCUUUGUUCUUGAUUGCUCUUACGGCGUCGUAUCUUAGUUUUCAGAGCUUCGUUGAUUCCGGAAGUCGGUACUUCACGGCGUCGUGGGGCGGAAUCCAGUGGGAGAAGCAGGUACGGAACUCGGCCCAGAUCCAGAGGUCCGGCGGGAAGGUUGUGUUGGUUACUGGCGCUGCCGGUUUUGUGGGGACCCACGUGUCGAUGGCGCUGAAGAAACGAGGAGACGGCGUAGUUGGGCUUGACAACUUCAAUAACUACUAUGACCCGUCGUUGAAGAGGGCGCGGAGGGCGCUUUUGAACGAUCAUGGAAUCAUGGUGGUGGAAGGUGAUUUGAACGACGCCAAGCUGCUCGCUAAGCUUUUCGACGUGGUGGCUUUCACCCACGUGAUGCACCUUGCGGCACAAGCCGGCGUGAGGUACGCCAUGGAGAACCCACUUUCGUAUGUGCACAGCAACAUCGCCGGCCUCGUCACGCUGCUCGAGGUCUGUAAAUCGGCGAAUCCUCAGCCAUCAAUCGUCUGGGCCUCGUCGAGCUCGGUUUACGGACUUAACGAGAAAGUUCCCUUCUCAGAAGCCGAUCGGACGGACCAGCCGGCUAGUCUCUACGCGGCUACCAAGAAGGCUGGUGAGGAAAUCACGCACACUUACAAUCACAUCUACGGCCUAUCCAUUACCGGGUUAAGAUUCUUCACCGUGUACGGUCCAUGGGGCAGACCCGACAUGGCUUACUUCUCCUUCACCAGGAAUAUCCUGCAAGGCAAACCUAUUACGAUUUAUCGGGGCAAGGAUCGGGUCGAUUUGGCCCGGGAUUUCACAUAUAUUGAUGACAUCGUCAAAGGUUGCUUGGGGUCGUUGGAUACUUCAGGCAAGAGCACGGGUUCGGGGGGGAAGAAACGGGGCCCGGCACCGUAUAGAAUAUUCAACCUGGGCAACACGUCGCCGGUGACUGUCCCGAACCUGGUGGAUAUUCUUGAGAAGCACUUGAAGGUGAAAGCGAAGAAGAACUUCGUGGACAUGCCAGGAAACGGCGACGUUCCGUUCACCCACGCAAACAUUAGCUAUGCCCAAAGGGAAUACGGGUAUAAACCGACAACCGAUUUGCAAACCGGGUUGAAGAAAUUUGUUAGGUGGUAUCUUUCUUAUUACGGCUAUAAUCGCGGAAAAUCUGUAAAUUGAUUAAACAAAUCAUUUUUUAUUUUUAUUUAAUUUUCCCUUUUUUUUUUUGGGUUCUUUUUUCUAGAGUUUCCAUUUUCCCAAAAAAAAAUGAAAAAUGGGAAAAAGAAAAAACUGGUCAGGAUAAAAAAAAAAAAAAAGAGAACACAUUCUUUUCUUGGAAAAGCCAGCACAUAAUUUUGUGAUUUAUCGCA